AUGCAUGCUGAAUUUUUAAUGGAUUAGACAGUUAAGAAAAUUUUUACACAGAAUUUGAGGCUUAAAGCUGUGGUUAUUACAUUAGUUAUGUUGAAUUAUAAUUAGGAUCAUUUUUUUUAUUUAAACUUGUUGUAUCUUAUUCUAUAUUAAACCUAACAUUCUUACUAUUUUUUUCCUAGCUGUUCAAGCUGUUGUGCAUUGAUAAUGUUGAUCUUUACCUUUAUGAGCUAUUUUAUAUUGAAUUCGAUGGUAAUCCAAUAUUGUUCAUAAAGUUACUUAUUUAGCCAUUAUUUAUUUAAUAAAAAUUAUUUUAGUUAUUUUAACUGCUAGAAGCUACAUUUUAAGUUUGAGGAAGAUUUUUUACAGAAUUAAAUUUAGCAUUUUGCAUAAAAUCUAAUAUCUCUUAUGCAAUUUAUUUCUUAAGUUAUAAUUUGUAUUAAAUAUCUCUCGAAUUAAGACUUUUAACUUUUCUAUGUAGGCCUCUAAUAAGCCCACUUUCCUUCAUUUCUUUGUAGAUUUCAAUAUACUAUUUUUUUUUAUACCUCUGCAGUUGCUUGA